AUGCCCACAAGGUGAAUUUAUUGAUUUUUGGGUUGAAAAAAAUUAGGAAAAAAAAAAAGAAAAAUUGUUUUGUUACGGUACGCUCAAAGGCGCAUGUGUGUUUUGGAUAAUAUAUCUCGCAGCGAUUUGCAUUUGUGAACUUCUCUCGGACAAAAUUGAAUAUUUUUUGAAAAUUAAUUUUAUUAACUUUUUCAAACUGCUAAAUCUACUUAAAAUAGUAUCAAAAUUGAAAUGUAAUAUAUUCUUUCAGAAAAAUGAUAUCGUUUGAAGAUUUUCUGCUUCGCCCAUCAAAAGUAGUCGAUCCAUUCAAUCGAUUUGUCGCCAAAAUUGAACCAUUCAUCACAAUGGUCGAAUUCUGUCAAGUAAUCGGUCCUCGUCCGCUUGCAGUUGUUUCCAAAAAAGAGAACAAUGAAAGUGAGUUGUUUUUAAUUAUUAAAAAAUUUAAAAUCAGCACUUUUUUGUCAGUAACUGGUGUGGAUAUAAAUGAAAUGGCAAUUUGGUUAAUGUCAUCUGACACAGUUCCCGGCACAAUCAUAGUUCUUGAAAAUACUCAAACCGGGACAUAUGCAAUGGCUUAUUAUUUCAAUUUGUAUGAUAUGCGAGCUCGCGCGUUUCAAAGAAGUCUAUGCAUCGCAUUCUUGAGUUCCGAAAAACCCAAUAAAGAAUCGCUUCAAAAAUUUUCAACUUCAAUGAAACGCCUUAUAUCUCCAGUUCUCAUUUGCAAUCGUCGAUUGUUUAUUCGCCACGUCACAGAUAUUGUCAAGUUUUCAGAUUCGAUAGGUAAAUUCAAAAAUAUAUUUUAAAACAAAUAAAAAAUUUUAAUUCUGAAAAAUUUUCAGAUGAAUCGACAGUUCAACAAUAUUAUAGUCUGAAUGGCGAACCGCAAAAAGUUCCAGAUGUCGGAAAAUUCAAUGUGGUUUUUGAGCAAACAAGAUUACUGAAAAGCAAAUUUCUCACCAAAAAGUUUCAAGAAACCGCAUUCGAUGAUGAUAUUUGUUGUGGGCAUAAUAUUGAAAAUAUGGCAGAAGUUGAAGAUAUAAUUUGCUCGUUUAGAGUUCCAUCAGUUCCUCUAAGUCCUGUCGAAACACUAACACCUUGUGUAAGUUUAUUUUUAUCCAGAAAAUAGUAUAAUUAAAACUUUUAGGCAUACUCAUCGAUUGUUCCAAAACUUCGAACAAUUCUUGAUUUAUGUGUUCAGAAGCAAUCUUCCGAGAUGAUUGGGAAUUCUUUAUUUUGUGGUGCUCAACCGAUUUCUCGACUUUCAUCAUCUGCUGGACCUUCAAAUGCUCCAGAUUUUCUCUCAGAUGAUUUAGAAGGUGAAGAAACUUUGAAAGCAGUCACUGGCCAUUUAGGUGAUGUUCUUUAUCCGAUUCUUUGUGGAGAUGAUAUGAUUGUUUGUGGAAAUGAGCAACGAAGGAAUACUGUAGAAGAUAUGCUUCAAAAAUUGCAUCAAAUUACUCCCAAACCAAAUCCGCGAAUUGAAAAUAUCCAAAUAAAACAUGACCCAAAUCGAAUUGGAAAUGGUUUAGGAGGUUUGGAAUGUCAGAGAAAUGAGACUGGAAAACUAGCGAGAUGGAGAAAUAUUUUGGAUAUGAAUCGAUGUGUUCUCAAAUCAUUCACAUAUGAUGGAGUUUUGCUAACUGGUCUCAAUAAGAAACGAAAAUUUCCAUCAGAUCGAUCACUUAUUUUAUUCAUUGUUUCAUAUUUGACAAAUAUUUGCAGUCUUGCUUAUAUUUGUCGAUUUCUUAUCAAAACUUAUGAUGGAAUGGAUAAAAUUGAUCCGAAGAUUUUAGAAGAUGACGAAAAAAUAUUGGUCAAUUUUUUAAUUGGUAUGGAUUUCGAGAAAUUCAAUUCAUUAAAAAUGUCGCCAUCAAAAAACAAAGAAGGUCCGAAAUCUAGUCGAACGAUAAACUUGUAA